AUGGUGGCCGCCGACGAGCCCGCCAGCAAGAAGGCCAAGCUGACUCUGCCCUUGCGCACUCAGCUCUUCAUCAACAACGAGUGGGUCGACGCGAAGGCGGGCAAGACGUUCGAUACCGUCAACCCAGCGGACGAGACGGUGAUUGCUUCGGUGCAGGAGGCAGGGAAGGAGGACGUGGACAAGGCAGUGUCGGCGGCGAAGGAGGCGUUCAAGUCUUGGAAGGAUGCCGACGUUGGAAAACGUCGCGAUCUGCUGCUGAAGCUGGCCGACUUGGUGGCGCAGCACCAGAAGAGGUUGGCCGAGGUAGAGUCUUUGGACAACGGGAAGCCAGCCCACGUGGCGCACGAUGUCGACCUCGGUUUCGUGAUCGAGUGCUUCAAGUACUAUGCAGGCUGGGCUGACAAGGUCGGAGGCAAGGUGAUCUCCACCACGUCUGGCACGAGCAGCAAGUUUUGUUUCACGUUCCACGAGCCAGUCGGCGUAGUGGGCGCGAUCAUCCCGUGGAACUUUCCACUGCUCAUGAUGGCGUGGAAGCUGGGCCCAGCAUUGGCGAUGGGCUGCACAGUGGUGAUGAAGCUGAGCGAGAAGACCCCGCUGUCGGGCCUGCUGAUGUGCGACCUUAUCAAGGAGGCUGGCUUCCCCCCAGGGGUCGUCAACGUCGUCAACGGCCAUGGCCCCACCACAGGGGACUUCAUCGCAAGGCACCCGGACAUUCGCAAGGUGGCGUUCACGGGGAGCUCUGCCGUGGGCCACAGGAUCGUGGAGGCGGCCGGCCAGACCAAUUUGAAGAAGGUGACGCUGGAAUUGGGCGGCAAGAGCCCCAUGAUAGUGUGCAAGGAUGCGGAUCUGGACCAGGCCGCAACUGCCUGCCACAUCGGUUUGUUCAUCAACAUGGGCCAGUGCUGCUGCGCCUCAAGCAGGAUCUUCGUUCACGAGGACAUCCACGAUAAGUUCGUCGCCAAGGUCGUGGCGAUGGCAAAGCGCCUGCGCUCGCAGGGCGACGUGACAUCGGAGACCGACAUACCCAUCUGCGACUUGGGCCCUCAGGUGGACAAACUUCAAUUCGACAAGGUUCUCGGCUACAUCGAGGCUGGCAAGGCCGAGGGAGCCAAUGUGGCGCUCGGCGGGGGCCGCUUGGGCACGAAGGGAUACUACGUGCAGCCCACGGUCUUCACCAACGUCCAGGACAACAUGAAGAUCGCCAAGGAGGAGAUCUUCGGGCCAGUGAUGCAGCUCAUGAAAUUCAAAACUCUGGACGAGGCAAUCGAGAGGGCGAACAACACGCACUACGGCCUCGGCGCGGGGAUCUGCACCCGCGACGUUGGCACGGCACUUGCGGCAGCGAGGCGCCUGGAGGCUGGGACCGUCUGGAUCAACUGCUACGACGACUUCGACAUGGCGGCCCCGUUCGGCGGCUUCAAGACCAGCGGCUGGGGCCGAGAGAAGGGGGAGUACGCGCUCGAGAACUACACGGAGGUGAAGUGCGUGAUGAUGCCCGUCGACCCCAGGAACUGA